AUGAGAGUUGCAGUGUUAUACUACACUUUUGCCAUAGUAAAACUAUGCAGUUGCAUGGGUCCCGAGAUAACAAUUGACAUUGCAAACCCAGAUCCUUCAGUUGCAAAGAUACGUGACACAUGCAGAGACGGUGUCACAUACACGACGGCAUUUCCAAUAAUAUCAUUUUUUAGCAAAGUGCAAUACAAUGGUCAAGAUAUAUGGACAACCUCGGGAAAUAACAGGUGUACUGUGGCUUUCUUGAGCCUUCGACCCACCAGGACGUUACUCACACUUCACAUUUGGACAAAUGGUAUGAGCUCCGAGAUGAAGUAUUUUGAAAGAAGAGCCGAUAAUUCGUGGAGAUUGAUUGACAAGAAUAUCCAAGAAGCGGAUCAAACACCAAACCGUCAGAGGGAGACGGAGGAAAUCAAGUACUUUCAAAUGGGACCUGCGGAAGAAGCAGAAAACUCUCGGGAUAAUCCUGUGGAAUCAUACGCAGCAAAUAGAGGAGCAUCAUCCACAACAGCUUCAAACUCUGGGGAACCGCAAGCUCAACCCGAAGAAGCCAAAGCGCAUGGGUUGGAAAAGCCUGCGGAAUUUACCAGACCACUUUGUCCAUUUGCUCAGCGUAUACAUCAAACCGAAUAG